CCGUUAUUUACAACUGUGGUUGACUCCACGCAGUGCCAGUUGCUCGCGUCUGUGCCGUCCGCGUAGUUCUGCUUCCAUGGCGACUAUCGCCGAGCUGAAGGCCGAGUCUGGCCAACCUGAGGUGCCCCUUGACAGACAGUUUAUUUUAAACGAGCUAAAUGUCACUGAAGAUGCCAGUGCCAGAUCAGUACCACUCCUUUAUGGAAUGCUUGCCCAUUUCCUCCAAGAAAAGGGUGAGCGAGGAAACAGAAUAUUACUCCGAGGACCAUAUUUGCCAGCUACCAGGGAGAAUGCGUUGCGCAAGCCAACUGAGAAGAAGCGGGAUGUUAUCAGAGAAUCUUCCAGAAAACACAAACAAAGACAUGCUUCGUGUACUGCGGGUGUUACCAGAAAAUACAGGCCAACCCCUGGCCUAGUUUCUGCCAGAUCUUCCUCUAGGAGGUCUACAGUUUCAGACGGCCAACGGCGUAAAUUUUUAGAAGAGGAACAAAUCGAAAGUCCAAGUGAUAAAAUGAAUGGCCCCUAUAAAAUAUUUUUGAGUGGACAUUUUUAUCGCACUUAAAUGCCUAAACCAGCAGAACGUUUGAGUGUGACUGCAGUUGAAGAGAGAGCUGAAAGGAAAAGAGAAUUAUGAAGCCAAUUCGGUAUUGACCCAUGAGUGAAAUGAGCUACCAAGAAACCAUUUAAAAAAAUAAAAGGGGACAGGUGAGGACAGGCUGGGCUCCAAGCAGCUAAGACUCGAGGAGUUUGUAGCAAUCAGGUAAUCAAACCAUCCCAUUGCUCUGACUGGUGAUCAACAUGUGCUAAAUAGAUUUCUUAUCUUGUCCAUUAGAGAUGUUUGAGAACGUUUUGUUUAAAUUCACUAAGAUGUGAAAGUGGCUGACACUUCAUGUGAAAGAUAGGAUGGAAAUUCAUGGCUUAAUAUGUGAAGUUCACCGAAUGGUCUAUCGGUAACAAAAGAGGGUAAAUCCAUCAAUCCAUCUCUCCCUCCGUCUUCCAAACCCUUUUUAUUCUGUACAGAAUCGUGGGAAGCAUAGGGUGCAAGGCAGGAACAAUCUCUGGAAAGGGUGCCAGUUCAUCUCACACACACACACACACACACACACUUGAUUUAUUUAUGUACGUAUAGUUAAAGGAAACACAGAGAGACCAAGAUUAAGGUUUGGGGUUUCCGUUCCCAUAUACUGUAAAGCACUCUGAAAGACAGCAAUACGGUCAGUCAUGGGUUACACAAAAGACAACCAGUAGGGAGAACACGGACAUUUUUAUGAGGUGGGGAUGGAAGUGGGAAUGCUGUAAAACGAGACGCUGAGGGUCUUGGGAUAGUGGUGACAUCAUCGGUGAAGGACUGGAGGAAGCAAAGGAACCCAGCAGCGGCCUGGAUGUCUGCGUAGAGCAGGGGUCCUCAAUCGCAGUCCUGGAGGGCCGCAAUGG